AUUACUGGGAUUGGAGCUUUUAAGUGCCUUUGUGGACAGAUUAUCAACCCGAUUUAAGUCCUAUGUAGCGAUGGUGAUUGUAGCCUUAAUAGACAGAAUGGGAGAUGCCAAAGACAAGGUUCGAGAUGAAGCUGUGACUCUGUUAUUGAAGUUGAUGGACCAAGCAGCACCACCUAUGUACAUUUGGGAACAGUUGGCUUCUGGUUUUAAGCACAAGAAUUUUCGGUCACGAGAAGGCAUCUGUCUGUGUCUCAUUGAAACUUUAAACAUUUUUGGAGCUCAGCCGUUAGUUCUCAGCAAGUUGGUACCACAUUUGUGUGUACUACUUGGAGAUUCCAACAGUCAGGUGAGAGAUGCUGCAGUUUUGGCCAUAGUGGAGAUUUAUAGACAUGUGGGAGAGAAAGUGAGGGUGGACCUUUGUAAGAGAGGAAUUCUCCCUGCUAGAUUAGAAAUGAUAUUUGCCAAAUUUGAUGAAGUACAAAAUUCAGAUGGUAUGAUUUUGAGUGUCUGCAAAGAUAAAAGCUUUGAUGAUGAAGAAUCAGUGGAUGGAAAUAGGCCGUCAUCAGCUGCUUCAGCCUUCAAGGUUCCUGCACCUAAAGCAGCCGGAAAUCCUGUCAGCAGUGCGAGGAAGCCUGGUUCAGCAGGUGGCCCUAAGGUUGGAGGUGCAUCUAAGGAAGGCGGUGCUGGAGCAGUUGACGAAGAUGAUUUUAUUAAAGCUUUUACUGACGUUCCUUCUAUUCAAAUCUAUUCUAGUCGAGAACUCGAAGAAACACUAAAUAAAAUCAGGGAAAUUUUGUCAGAUGACAAACAUGAUUGGGAUCAGCGUGCCAAUGCACUUAAGAAAAUUCGGUCAUUGCUCGUUGCUGGAGCUGCACAGUAUGAUUGCUUCUUCCAACAUCUGCGCUUAUUGGAUGGUGCCCUGAAACUUUCAGCGAAGGAUCUUCGGUCCCAGGUGGUUAGAGAAGCUUGCAUCACCGUAGCCCAUCUUUCAACAGUUUUGGGAAACAAGUUUGAUCACGGCGCUGAAGCUAUUGUACCUACGCUUUUCAAUCUCGUCCCCAAUAGUGCAAAAGUCAUGGCAACAUCUGGGUGUGCAGCAAUUAGAUUCAUCAUUCGGCAUACUCAUGUACCAAGACUCAUACCUUUAAUAACAAGCAAUUGUACAUCAAAAUCAGUUCCUGUAAGGAGACGUUCAUUUGAAUUUUUAGAUUUAUUAUUACAAGAGUGGCAGACUCAUUCAUUGGAAAGACAUGCAGCUGUCUUAGUUGAAACCAUUAAGAAGGGAAUUCAUGAUGCUGAUGCUGAAGCCAGAGUGGAGGCAAGAAAGACGUAUAUGGGUCUUAGAAACCACUUUCCUGGUGAAGCUGAGACUUUGUAUAAUUCCCUUGAGCCGUCUUAUCAGAAGAGUCUUCAAACUUACUUAAAGAGUUCUGGCAGCGUGACAUCUCUUCCUCAAUCUGACAGGUCCUCAUCUAGCUCACAGGAAAGUCUCAAUCGUCCUUUCUCUUCCAAGUGGUCUACAGCAAAUCCGUCAACUGUGGCUGGGAGAGUGUCAGCCAGCAGCAGCAAAACCAGUUCCCUUGCAGGAAGUCUGCAGCGGUCCCGAAGUGACAUUGAUGUGAAUGCUGCUGCAGGUGCCAAGGCCCACCAUGUCGCUGGGCAGUCUGUGAGAAGUGGGCGCUUAGGGGCAGGUGCCCUGAAUCCAGGCUCCUAUGCAUCACUAGAGGAUACUUCUGACAAGAUGGAUGGAACAGCAUCUGAAGAUGGCCGGGUGAGAGCAAAGCUUUCAACACCACUUGCUGGCAUGGGAAGUGCUAAGGGAGAUUCCAGGGGACGAAGUCGAACAAAAAUGGUGUCUCAGUCACAGCGUUCAUCAUCACCUGACAAAAAUGAAGGAUCACAAUCUGCUAAUACCAUUGGUGCUGGUAGCCGGUCUGGGUCCCCAGGAAGAGUUCUGACCACGACUGCCCUCUCCACUGUGAGUUCCAGUGUUCAGAGGGUCCUGGUUAAUUCCGCCUCGGCACAGAAGAGAAGCAAGAUACCAAGGAGCCAGGGCUGCAGCAGAGAGGCGAGCCCGUCAAGGCUCUCUGUGGCCCGAAGCAGCCGUAUUCCUCGGCCAAGCGUGAGCCAGGGGUGCAGCCGGGAAGCUAGUCGAGAGAGCAGCAGAGACACCAGUCCUGUCCGCUCUUUCCAGCCUCUCGCCUCCAGACACCAUUCCAGAUCUACUGGUGCCCUCUACGCCCCUGAUGUGUACGGGGCUGCAGGUCCAGGGUAUGGAAUCAGCCAAUCAAGCCGACUGUCAUCCUCUGUCAGUGCCAUGCGAGUCCUGAACACAGGUUCUGACGUGGAAGAGGCGGUAGCAGAUGCUUUGCUCUUAGGAGACAUACGGACUAAGAAAAAACCAGCUAGAAGAAGAUAUGAAUCCUAUGGGAUGCAUUCAGACGACGAUGCCAACAGUGAUGCGUCUAGUGCUUGUUCAGAGCGCUCGUAUAGUUCUCGAAAUGGUAGUAUUCCAACAUACAUGAGGCAGACCGAAGACGUGGCAGAGGUCCUCAACCGAUGUGCGAGUUCCAACUGGUCAGAAAGGAAAGAAGGUCUUCUGGGUCUGCAAAAUUUACUCAAAAAUCAGAGAACAUUAAGUCGUGUUGAACUGAAAAGACUAUGUGAGAUUUUUACAAGGAUGUUUGCUGAUCCUCAUGGCAAGAGAGUGUUCAGCAUGUUUUUGGAGACUCUGGUGGACUUCAUACAAGUCCACAAAGACGAUCUUCAAGAUUGGUUAUUUGUUCUGCUGACGCAACUACUAAAAAAAAUGGGUGCCGAUUUGCUUGGGUCUGUUCAGGCAAAAGUUCAGAAAGCCCUGGAUAUUACAAGAGAAUCUUUUCCAAAUGAUCUUCAGUUCAAUAUUCUAAUGAGAUUUACAGUUGAUCAGACCCAAACACCAAGCUUAAAGACAGCCAAGCCAGCACUUCGGGACCAGCUUCACUCUUUUGGGAGCUCCAAGGUAAAGGUUGCUAUUCUUAAAUACAUAGAAACUCUAGCCAAGCAGAUGGACCCAGGAGACUUUACAAACUCCAGUGAGACUCGCCUGGCAGUGUCUCGGGUCAUUACUUGGACAACAGAACCCAAGAGUUCUGAUGUUCGGAAGGCUGCACAGUCAGUGCUAAUUUCCUUAUUUGAACUCAAUACUCCAGAGUUUACAAUGUUAUUAGGAGCUUUACCAAAAACUUUUCAGGAUGGUGCUACCAAGCUUCUUCAUAAUCACCUUCGAAACACGGGCAAUGGAACCCAGAGUUCCAUGGGGAGCCCUUUGACAAGACCCACAUCACGUUCACCAGCCAAUUGGUCCAGUCCUCUCACCUCUCCUACCAAUACUUCACAGAAUACUUUAUCUCCAAGUGCAUUUGAUUAUGACACAGAAAAUAUGAAUUCUGAAGAUAUUUACAGCUCACUUAGAGGUGUUACUGAAGCAAUUCAGAAUUUCAGCUUCCGUAGUCAAGAAGACAUGAAUGAGCCGUUGAAAAGAGAUCCUAAAAAAGACGAUGGCGAUUCAAUAUGUGGCGGUCCUGGACUAUCCGACCCAAGAGCAGGUGGUGAUGCUACUGACUCAAGCCAAACUGUCCUCGACAAUAAAGUUUCAUUGCUCCAUUCGCUGCCUGCCCACUCGUCUCCACGCGCUCGAGACUAUAAUCCGUAUAAUUAUUCAGACGGUAUCAGUCCCUUCAGUAAGUCAGCCCUCAAAGAAGCCGUGUUUGACGAUGACGCAGACCAGUUUCCUGAUGAUCUUUCCCUUGAUCAUUCUGACCUGGUUGCAGAGUUGUUGAAGGAGCUGUCUAAUCAUAAUGAACGAGUAGAGGAAAGAAAGAUUGCCCUCUAUGAACUUAUGAAACUGACACAAGAAGAAUCUUUCAGCGUUUGGGAUGAACACUUUAAAACGAUAUUAUUGUUAUUGCUUGAAACCCUGGGGGAUAAAGAGCCGACGAUCAGGGCUUUGGCACUAAAAGUUUUAAGAGAAAUCUUAAGGCAUCAACCAGCAAGAUUUAAAAACUAUGCAGAGCUAACCGUCAUGAAAACAUUGGAAGCACAUAAAGAUCCUCAUAAGGAGGUGGUGAGAGCUGCAGAAGAAGCUGCGUCAGUGUUGGCCACCUCAAUUAGUCCAGAACAGUGCAUCAAAGUGCUUUGUCCAAUCAUCCAAACUGCAGACUACCCCAUUAAUCUGGCUGCAAUCAAAAUGCAAACAAAGGUGAUAGAGAGAGUGUCCAAGGAAACCCUUAACCUGCUUUUGCCGGAGAUUAUGCCAGGGCUGAUCCAGGGUUAUGACAAUUCAGAGAGCAGCGUUCGGAAAGCUUGCGUCUUCUGCCUCGUGGCUGUUCAUGCGGUAAUUGGUGACGAACUAAAACCUCAUCUCAGUCAACUCACGGGCAGUAAAAUGAAGCUACUGAACCUCUACAUCAAACGUGCACAGACAGGUCCAGGAGGGGCCGAUCCUACUGCUGACGUUCCUGGGCAAAGUUAGUGAAGCCGAUUGACGUGGAACAGGCCUCUCACAGAAAGGACAGAAAGACCACCCUCAUCAAGGAAAGGAAAUUUCAGUACAUCUUUUAGAACAUACCAUUGUUUCCCAGUUUCAGUUUUCUGUUUGUUUUGUAUUUUCUGUAACAGAAGGCUCCCCUCGGUCUGCAUGUAACUUUUAUGAUACCUUACCCCAAAUUCAAGUUGCAGUAUUAACACCAGUUGAUCAAUACAGAGGACUUUUUUAGUCUAAUUCAUCAUCUUACACGUUGUACUUCUUUAUUGUCCCAUAAUCUUUGCCAGUGUUAUGAUUGUACACUUUUUAAAGUGCUGGUUAAACAGGAAUGCUUAAAGCUUUAUAAGUUUAACAGUCUAAAAACAUCUUCUCUUUUUUUGGCCUUUAUUCAACUGCAAAAUAAUAUUUUAUUGCUACUUUGAGUUUUGUUACGUAUCAUGUCCUAUGCUAGAAAUCUUGAAAUGAUGUGAACACAAACCAGGACUAACCUGAACUACAGCUGGACUCUGUCGUGUGAUGGUGAGACAUGCCGUUAGUUGCAACUUCUUGGAGUAAUCUGUAGCUCGUAAACGAAGACCUCAGAAAAGAAAUGUAAAGCAGAUACUGUGUAUUGGUUCUUGAUCUUGCCAUUGUUAUUUAAAAUCAUCGUCCUUCCAUGAUCCUUGAAGAAAGCUGCACCAAAUCAUCUGCCUGUGCUUUGUUUGUUUUUACCUUUGUUUCCUUGAUACUUAUCAAAAUAGGGGGUUAUGGCAGGGCUUUUUGGUUUGUUUAUCUAGAUUGUGAAUGACGUUUUGUUUUUGUUUUUUAUUUAUUAAUAUCAAAUUUACUUAUGAAUAAACUUGAUAAUGGAAACAGACAGGAAAAAAAAUCAAGUGCAUGUGUGUCCUUGACAGUCUUCUCUUUCUCAUAUAAUCCACAAACCAAUUAUUAGACAGACAUGAGAGUGAACCGACACCUUCUCUUAAAUGGUGGAACCUGGUUUCCUUUUACCGUGAUGUUGUCUUACUUGAAAACAUUGAUCCUGAUGAGAGAGAAGAUGGUGCCACGGCGAUCUUUCUGUAACGGGCUCAAAUUCUCUACCUCUUCAGGCCUAAGACUUUUGACUGAGCUGCUGCCUAUUGUGUCUUCUGGGAAACUACUUAAAAGGGUGAUUUGUCUGUUGUUCUUUUUUUUUUAAACAAAUUUUAAAAAUCACCCUUUACUACACCUGUUUUCUUCAUGUGCAGCCACCUUUCAAAAAGCAUGAAUUUUGGUGAAAGGCAAAUUGGAUUGAUUUGGAAGUAGGCUACUAAUGAUUUCUCAUCUUGACUUUUCUCUUUUUAAUCCUAACACAAAGUGAAUUUAACUGGAAAGGCAAAUAGCUACUAAGGAGGCAAUUUGCUGUGGCAGAGCAUCUAUACUUUCUUUGUCUAUUGAAAAAGAGUGUAGAAAAUGUAUGUAAAGAAUCCAAGACAAGAGUACUGAAUGGUAAUUUGUCAUUGGCUUUUACCUGCCUUUGUUUCUGUUCUAGCAGCAGGAAAAUGGUCUCUCAGUAUCCCCUCACCCCUUAACUGUUACAAUUUUGUUUUCUACUGUUACAUUGUGUAUUUAUAGUUCUAUGCUUACUGUUGUGCAUAUACUGGCAAUAAAACUGUACAUAACAUUACUUGAAAAAUGGAUAAUGUAUAUCACCUGUUUUUCUGUCUCACAGUAUAAAAAAAUUCACUUUAAUAA